ACACACAGUUUAACUAUUACAAACCUAACAAAUAACAAACAACAGUCUUCUUCUUCUACAACUCCUCUCUCAAUAUUCAUUUCCUUUAUCCCAAUGGCAACGAGAAAAAACUUCCUCUUUCUCGAACGAAAAGACAGAAUUACCCCUCUCCCCUCUAGUAGCCUUCAGUUCGAAUUUGAUGAAGCUGAAAUAUGGUGUAACAACACUAGUUCAAACGAAAAUGUUGUUCAUAAUUCUGAAGCCAAAAUAUCAAUACCCAAUUCAAGAUUCUUGAAAAAACCAGGGAAAAAGAGUGAAAGAUCAAGGGCAAUUUCGUCAACAUCACUGCCAGUGAAUAUACCAGAUUGGUCGAAAAUCUUAGGUGAUGAGUACAGGAGUUGUCCGAAAGAAAUUGAUGAUAAUUAUAAUGUUGUUGAGGAUUUUGAUGAAAUUGGAAUUCCACCACAUGAAUAUUUAGCAAGAACAAGAGUUGCUUCAUUUUCAGUACAUGAAGGUAUUGGAAGAACACUUAAAGGAAGAGAUUUGAGUAGGGUUACAGGUUCGAGCUUUAGAAUCAAGUCGUUUAUGUUUGCGUUAAGGUAGGUUGUCGGCUCUUACCCUAACCCUGUGUGAAUGCGGGAUAUUUGUACGCCGGUUGCCCUUUUAUUUUUAUUUUUUAUUUUUUAAAUUGGAUUAAUGGGUUAAUUUUUGUAAGUUAUUAUAGGGUGGAUUGAUCCUCUAGUUUUGAUGGUUAUCUUUUAGCUGUGACUUCAAUUCAGAGGAUCUAAUGUAAUGUAAGAUUGUGUUGCAUAUUCACAUUUCUUUCCUUAGAUUUUGCAUAAUCCUUUGGAUUUUUGAAUGGAAUAUCAGUCCGAGGGAUUAGUUUGUAAUUUUAAACUUGAUGAGUUUUGGAUUUGUACUGUGGAAUCUCACCUAAUUAAUUUAUUUUUCUUUGAUUAA